AUGAAAAGAACGCAAGAACAAGUUUUAACUUUUACUGAAUUAUCUGCUCUCGGUCAAAUUCCUUCCCAUCCAUCUUUACCCAAAAAGAAUGAUAAGUUAUUAGAAUGUAUUCUUUUAAUGGCUUAUUUAGGAUUAAGAGUGAGUGAAGCAAUCAAGUUCUCUUGGCAAACUGUUCUAGUAGAAAAUAAGCCAGCAUUGGUGGUUUUAGGAAAAGAUGCCAAAAGUUAUACCCCUGAAAGUUUAUUGAAUCAAGGAAAUCAAGAAGAGUUAAGAGAAGAAUAUCAAAAUCAUCAACAAUCACAAAUUCACAUAGAAAUUCCUCCUAAAUAA